AUGGACAUAUUUACCGAAAAAUACUGCCGUUUCUGCUUAAAAGAAUCAUCCAGACGUGUCAAACUGCUGAAAAUUGAUAAGGAAAUCGAAGAAUCAUUCUAUGAACUGACACAGAUUAAGCUUUCAAAACAUUCAAUAUUCAUUAAUCUGUCGAAUUCAAUAUGCACUGAGUGCUCAAAGGAUCUUAAUAAAUGUAUAAAUACAAAGAAUUUGUUCAUAGAAAAACAGACUGAACUUGAGAAAAAAGCUACUGGAUUUAAUAGCGUUAAUAUAAAAACUGAAGAUAUAAAUACAGUAAACAACAUAAAAAUAGAGUAUAAUUAUGAGGAUUCAAAUGACAAUAAUGAUUUUGAUAUCUCCGAGCAUUUUUCUCAAGCGUACGUGGAUUGUGAUAGUAAUGAUAUUAAGGAAGAUCCAGAAGAUCCAGCGGAACCAGCGAUAUCAAAUUUAGAGGAACAAGAUGAUGACGAUGAGCCUAAACCGAAGAAGAAAAAGAAGCGUGAGAGAAAGGAAUGCACGCUAUGUGGAAGUAAAGUUAAGAAUCUUAAAGAACAUUUCAAAUAUACGCACAACCAAGUCAGUAAGAAGUAUUUCUGCGAUAAGUGUACAUUUGGAUGCUAUUUUAAGCACAAAAUUGAGAUUCAUGUACAACAGCAUAUUCCAAAACAAUACAGAGACCUGAUUGAAUGUGCUCAUUGCGAAUUCAAAUGCUCCAGAAAAGAUACAUUAAAGAAGCACUUCUUAAGUUUCCAUACAGCAUUUUCACGCGAGAAAAAUGUCCAAUGUACAGAAUGUGAUAAGGCUUAUUAUAGUGUCUCGCAAUUAAAUAAUCAUGUUCGAAAUGUACAUCACAAUAUCCGAAAUUAUUGCUGUAAACACUGCGAAAAAAGGUUCUUUACAACUAAAGACUUGAAUUUACACGUUCCUAGACACUUUGAUAAGAAAGAAAAAUGCCCACGAUGCGAUUUAAUGUUCUAUACAGUCGCUGAAGUUCGUUCUCAUAUCAAGCGUGUCCAUUUACCGCCCACAAUAUCAUGCAGCUAUGAAGAUUGUGACAGGAAGUUUGCAACAAAUGAAAUGAUGAAGAAACAUGUUAAAAUUAGACAUCAACGAUUGAAGGAAUUUGUUUGUGUUGAAUGUGGUGCUCCAUUUGCUCAAUAUAAUACGAUGAAGAGACAUAUGGAUACAGUACAUAGAUCAUUAAGAGUACAAUGUCCAGUUGAUAAUUGUGGAUUUUCCAUGAAGCGAAAAGAAAAGUUUAAAUUCCAUUUAAUUAAAUAUCACAAGGAACUGGAUGAGGAAGCAAGAGACGAAGUAAUAAAAAGUUUAUCGUACAAAACAGAGGAACAGCAGACGCAUGUAACAGAAUUUCCAUGCACAGAAUGUGGAAAAAUGUUUACAAAAUAUCACAAUUUAAAAAGGCAUGUAGCUAAAGGUCAUGUUAAAAAGAUAUAUCCACGUAGAUUAUUUUACUGUCCAUUAGAUAAUUGUUCAUACAAGAUUUCUGGAAAGUACAGAGUUAAAAUACAUUUACAGAGGAAACAUCAAUGUGAUGAAAACACAAUAGAAUCACUUUUUAAAGACAUAAAAUUUGACGUCAUUGAAGUAAGUUAA